AUGCGUGCCAAAGGCGCUACACCCAAGGCAGAUACCACUGUCGAUUAUCAGUUGGGUUCUGUCUUGCCUCUUGAUAGACCCUGGUACCGUCAGGCGCACCUUUUGAGACUCAACUUUAUCAUCUUAUCACUGGUCUUGUUCUCUUCUGCUAAUGGAUACGAUGGCUCUUUGAUGAAUGGUCUUCAAGCUCUUCCCAAGUGGAACGUGUUUAUGAACAUGCCUACAGGUGCUUGGCUAGGUUUCAUCAAUGCCAUCUACUGGGCUAUGAACGGUAUCGCCUUCUUCAUUGCUGCUUGGACGUCCAACAUAUAUGGUCGCAAGUCAGGCGUCUACGCGGGCUAUGUUUGCCUCGUCGCUGGCACGGUUCUGCAAACAGCUGCUCAUAACCCUGGGGCCUUCAUCGCCGCUCGCGGCCUGCUUGGUGCUGCGGCAGGAUUAUACACUAGCAGUGCACCACUGCUCAUCAAUGAAAUCGCCUAUCCUACUCACAGAGCCAUCGCGGCUUCUUGCUUCCAGUGUGGCUUCUACCUUGGCAGUGUCGUUUCUGCAUGGGUCACAUUUGCCACCAGGAACUAUGUAAGUUCAUGGGACUGGCGCCUUCCAUCGCUGCUGCAGAUACUUCUUCCGGCUUUAGCUUUCCCUGGCUUUUUUAUGGCUCCAGAGUCUCCCCGAUGGCUCGUCUCUAAGGACCGCAUCGAAGAAGCUAGGCAGGUUAUCUCGAAACAUCAUGCAGGUGGAGAUGACACCGCGCAGCUGGUUGAGUUGGAAACCGAAGAGAUCAUCAACACCAUCAAGGCAGAACAGGCAGCCCAUUCCAGCUCUAGCUACUCCGAUAUGUUCAAGACAAAGGGCAAUAGGUGGAGGCUUCUGAUCUCGGUGACUCUGGGAAUCAUUAGUCAGUGGAGUGGCAAUGGCGUGGUCUCAUAUUAUCUUGCUCUUGUCCUCAAGACUGUCGGCAUCACCAGCGUUACUGACCAGACACUCAUCUCUGCAUGUCUACAGGUCUGGAACCUCCUCUGGGCUGUGGGCGCUGCAGUAUCUGUAGAGAAGCUUGGAAGACGGCCCUUGUUCCUCACUUCUGCCGUAACCAUGUUGGUCAGCUACAUUAUCAUCACCGGGCUGUCUGGAUCUUUUGCCAACACCGGAAGUAGUGCUGUUGGAACCGCUGUCAUCCCAAUGCUCUUCAUCUUCUUCGCCGGCUAUGAUAUUGCUCUGACUCCACUUGUGAUUUCAUACCCAGUCGAGAUCUGGCAAUUUCGCCUUCGAUCGAGAGGCUUCAGUGUCCUAUGGCUUUCAGGCAUUCUCGCUGGUAUUUUCAACAUGUUCGUCAACCCGAUUGCGCUCGAGAGCAUUGGGUGGAAGUAUUACUUUAUUUUUAUUGUUUUUCUAAUCGGCUUCUUGGUAAUUGCCUACUUCUGCUACCCUGAGACCAAGGGCCGUACUCUCGAGCAGAUGGCAUUUAUCUUCGAUGGUGAAGACGCUGAGAUGCUGCCGUCUGACAAAAAAGCCAAGUCCAUAACAGUGGAGAUGCAGGAUGAGAAGGGUGUCUAA